AUGGACUAUCUAGAAACGGCCAUUUUGGAGGCUAGAAAGGCCGUUGAGACUGCAUCGGAUGACGACCCAGAUUGGAGCAACCUACUAGCAGCGUUUGCAGUCCGACUCGGAGACAAAUGCACAGCCACCAAAGACAGGCACGAUCAUGCAGAUCGCAUAAAUCGCCUGAUGUUUCUCACAUAUUUACUCAAUGACAAGUUAAUGUUGGCUGGUGAGAUGGAUGACCUGGAUGAGGCCAUCUCGGUAGCUCAACAUGCCGUUGAUGAAAUGCCAGAAGACCAUCCACAGUUUUUGAUAGGCUUGACAACGCUCAGUCACCGUCUCAGAGACAAUCAAGCCUUGGAGGCUAUGCCAGACGAUCAUCAGGAUCGGUCGGAACAAUUUGGGGGGCUUUCGAAUUUGCUCGCGAGCAGAUACUUAAGCACGGGAGCCACGGAGGACCUUGGGCGAGCCAUUCAGAUGGUGCAAAAUGGCGUCGAUUCAAUGAUUCACGGCAAUGACUCCCAGAAACCCUUGUUCCUACAACAUCUUGGAGGCUUGCUUGGGCUCAAACCUCUGAGAACUGGCUUCCUGGCUGACGCCGUGGCGAUGCCCUUGAGCGGCGAUGACAAUAGAGGGGUUAUCCUAAACGCCCUCGGCCAUCUGCUGGCAAGCAGAUGUGCUGUCACUGGGGCAUUGGCUGAUCUCAAUGAGGCCAUUUCCCUGACCAGGCAAGCAGUUGACACACCAAGCAACAACCAGACUGUCUUGUCUCAGAGACUGGGAAAUCUCGCAGUGCAGCUUCAGCAGAGAUUCCUGAGAACAAAGGCGGCACCUGAUCUCGAGGAGUCGAGUGAGCUUUCCAAGAGGGCCAUGGAGAUGCUCCUAGAUGACCACCCAGAUCAGUCAAGGCAUCGACAUGAUCUUGGGAUCAAGCUUGCGCGAAAAUUCACCAUCACAAACAACAUAGCUGAUCUGGAGGCGGGUAUCCAAUGCAUCAGACUUGCACUUGAGAGGAUGCCUCACGAUCAUGCCAACAGAGCAGUUUACUUGCACAGUCUGGCCAACGGACUAAUUCAGAAGGGCUCGGAGACCUUUGAGCCUACAGAUGUCGAUGAGUGGAUUGCUUCUUGGGGUAGGGCACCUCGCCGCCUGUGCACUCUGCGCCAACCCAAUGCACCAACCCUUUGCCGUAUCCGGGCUUGCAUGUCUCUACUGUCCAUCAACCCAGAUUGGAAAGAAAGCCUAGAGGCGGCCAAACUCGUCAUGGCCCUUCUUCCUCGUCUUACACCGCGGUCACUCGACAACGAGGAUAGGCAGAACUCACUGAGCGAGAUUGCUGGCCUGGCCUCUGAUGCAGCGGCAGUGGCAAUACAGUGUGAAGAUGAUUUCCUACGAGCGCCAGGAAUGGCAGCGAUGCAAGAUGCCACAGACCGAGGUCCCAUUGCGAUCAUCAACGUCAGUGUGAGUGACCGCAUCCAGACCAUAUCAUUGACCGGGCUAUCUCUACAUACUAUCGAAGAGAAGGUUCUCGAAUGGCUAUGGGACACUGUCGCGGCCCCGGCCCUGGACGCCCUCGGCUUCACACAACCUCUUUCGGACAAUGAUAAAUGGCCUCACAUGUGGUGGAUUCUUACUGGACUUCUUCGGCAAUUCCCUCUACACGCGGCGGGAUAUCACAGAAAACGGAGUGCUGAAACAGUGAUGGACAAAGUCAUGUCCUCGUACGGCUCGUCUGUCAAAGCAAUCUUACGGGGCCGCGAGCGUCGUGUAUCACCCAAGGGAUCGACCACCGCGGUUCUUGUCGCGAUGGAACACAUCCCAGCACGUUCGAACCUUCCCUUUGCUGAUGCAGAAAUCAAGGUCCCUCAUCGGCUGAAGGAGGAGGUGAUGACAGGGUUGCAAAGCAGCACGAUCUUUCACUUUGCUGCUCAUGGGUCCACAAACCAAGACGACCCGUUGGAGAGCUUCUUGUGCCUGGAGGAUGUCAGGUCAAACCCCCUGAGAGUGGCUGAUCUUCUCAAUCUCAACCUCAAGGAGAACCCCCCUUUUCUUGCAUACCUCUCAGCGUGCGGGACCGGUCGUAUCCAACAAGAGCGGCACAUGGAUGAGAGCAUGCACUUGGUCAGCGCUUGUCAGCUUGCAGGAUUCCGCCAUGUUAUUGGCACGUUAUGGGAGGUCAAUGAUGAAAUAUGUGUUGAGACGGCCCGGAUCACAUAUGAGGGCAUUGGAGACGGGAAGAUGGCUGGUGGGAAGAUGGCUGAUGAGUCUGUAUUCCAUGGCCUUCAUGUGGCAGUUCGGAGGCUCCGAGAUGCCGGCAACCGCCAGGUCUACUGUCCUGGCAUUUGUUAA